CAAAAAAUAUUGUAAAGGUUGUUGAAAUCAGAUUGCUGUUAAAAGCUCGUGGACAACCCUAAUCGGGGAAUAAAAUCGAAUUCUCUUGUAAUUCGAUCAUAUCAUUAUUGCUCCCUAUAAUCUCAUUGUUCUUCGUUGCUGCCCGAUUUUGUUUUUCGUCCUCUCUCCCACCUUAAACAUAAGCCGACGAUCGGUGCAACGAUGUUCAAGAACACUUUCCAGUCCGGUUUCCUGUCCAUCUUAUACAGCCUCGGGAGCAAGCCUUUACAGAUAUGGGAUAAAGAAGUUUCGAAUGGCCAUGUUAAACGCCUACAAGAUGAUGAUAUACAAUCCAAUGUUAUUGAAGUUGUUGGAUCAAAUGUCCAGUCAGCCUUCAUUACAUGUCCUGCAGACCCAAAUGCAACUCUUGGCAUAAAGCUGCCUUUUUUAGUUGUGAUUGCCAAGAAUCUGAAGAAGUACUUCACCUUUGAGAUUCAGGUGCUGGAUGAUAAAAAUGUCCGGAGGCGAUUUCGAGCUUCUAAUUUUCAAGUCUUGACGAGAGUGAAGCCAUAUAUAUGCACAAUGCCAUUGAGAUUGGAUGAUGGGUGGAAUCAAAUCCAACUAAACCUUUCUGAUUUGACACGCCGAGCAUAUGGGACCAACUAUGUGGAAACUUUGAGAGUUCAGGUGCAUGCAAAUUGCCGACUCAGGAGGAUCUAUUUUUCAGACCGUCUCUAUUCCGAAGAGGUGCUCCCCCCAGAAUUCAAACUUUACCUCCCAACUAUGCAGCAGGAGCAACAGCGGAGGACCUGAGAGGAUCUUUCUGUAAUGCAAGCCAAACUAAUGGUUUUGGUUGGUUCGGAGCGUUUGAUUGAUCGAGUUGUUUAUUUCGAGUUUUAGUUUGGGACUGGGACAUGCUCGAAAUGUUGUUUUAUACAGACUAGUUUCAGGAACAAGCAUUUCGCUCCUGUGUAGAAUGUUGAUUUCGUUGUUGCCGAGAGAUGAACUGGAAGGCAUCACUUGUCCUUUUUCCUAUACAUUGUGUUUGUGUUUUACAUAUAUGAGGAUUGUUUUGUUCCAAUUUUAUCGGAUGUCUCCGAAGGGACAUAUGAGGAAUGUUAUUUGUGAUGAAAAGGCAAACAAAUAUCCUCUCCAAUCAAAUUGAAAAACGUAA